ACCUAGCUGUCCAAGAUGGCGGAGCGGUUCGCGCAAGCGCGACUCAACAACCCCGACAACCCCUAUUGCGCAGGCGUUAUACUACGUAUACCCAGAGCUGUCUUGCUAGAGCUGUAUGCUAGCUGGCUAGCUAACUGACAAGUCGCACACAUUGGGCCAGAAGGGGGAAGCGCGGCGGUGGAGAAGAAGGGCGACCCAAGCGCCGCUACGAAAUGGCCGGGCAACAGUUUCAGUACGAUGACAGCGGCAAUACCUUUUUCUAUUUCCUAACGUCCUUCGUCGGACUUAUUGUGAUCCCAGCCACAUAUUACCUCUGGCCCCGGGAUCAGAAUGCUGAACAACUGCGUCUGAAAAGCCUGCGGAGGGUACAUGGCAGGUGUCUGUGGUACCGGCUCAGGCUGAUGAAGUCACAGCAGAGCAUUGUCCCAACACUAAAGAAAGCAGCCUUGUUAUUUGGAUGGGCUGUGUUCCUGCUGCUAGCCUACAAGGUGUCCAAGCUUGACAGAGAGUACCAGGAGUAUAAUCCUUAUGAAGUCCUCAACUUGGACCCGGGUGCAUCACUGUCAGAAAUCAAGAAGCAAUACCGUGUACUGUCACUCAAAUACCACCCUGACAAAGGUGGUGAUGAGGCCACAUUCAUGAGAAUUGCCAAAGCCUAUGCUGCUCUGACCAAUGAACAGUCUCGGCUGAACUGGGAAGUGUAUGGCAACCCAGAUGGUCCAGGAGCAACCAGCUUUGGUAUUGCCCUGCCUGCCUGGAUUGUUGACCAGAAGAACUCAAUGCUGGUGCUGUUGGUAUAUGGACUAGCCUUUAUGGUCAUCCUCCCUGUUGUUGUGGGCACGUGGUGGUACCGCUCUAUCCGCUACAGUGGAGACCAGAUCCUCAUCAACACUACACAGCUCUUCAUGCAUUUUAUGUAUAAAACGCCCAACAUGAACAUGAAACGGUUAGCCAUGGUGUUGACAGCAGCGUUUGAGUUUGACCCUCGCAGCAAUAAAGAAGCCACCAUACGGCCAACAGACAACAUUGAAGUGCCACAGUUGAUCCGUGAGUUGGGGAAUAUCAAUGUGAAGAAGAAGGAGCCUCCAUUCUGCUACCCAUACAGUUUGAAGGCCAGGGUCUUGGUGCUGUCUCACCUUGCACGUAUGGAGGUAUCGGAGGAGUUAGAGGAAGAUCAGAGAUUUGUGGUGAGGAAGAGCCCAGCUCUCCUUCAGGAGAUGAUCAACGUGGGCUGUCAGCUUACCAUGAUGGCCAACAGCCGAGGCGGUUUCCAUGCUCCUCGACUCGUAACCAUUGAGAAUUGUAUGAAGCUGACCCAGAUGAUAGUGCAGGGCCUGCAGGAGUCCAAGUCACCACUACUGCAGCUGCCCCACUUUGAAGAGGAGCAUCUCCGCUACUGCAUCUCUAAGAAGUACAAAGUUCGGAGCCUGCAGGACCUGGUGAGCCUCAAAGACUCAGACAGACGCAGCAUGCUGCGUUUCUUGGGGGAGGAGAAGUACGAUGAGGUCAUGGCUGUGCUGAGCAGCUUCCCUCACAUCACCAUGGAUACCAAACUGCAGGUCCUUGAUGAUGAAGACAGCAAUAACAUCACUGCAGGCUCUAUCGUCACAGUUACUGUCACCUUAACCAGAAAAAAAAUGGCGGAGGUGUUCGAAAAAGAGCAGGAGUCCACACCGUGUCCAGGAGACGAGGCUGCCAACACAGAGGAAGCACAAGCAGACUCAAGUAAAGCCAAAACUAAAGUGUGGCAGAACAAGAGUAAAGGGGCUAAGAAGACAGCCAAGUCCAAGAAGAAAAAAUUAACCAAGAAGAAGGCCACUCCUGCACCUGCCAAAACCAAGCAGGCCAAUGGCAACGUGGCAGGAAAUGAAGUCGUAGCAGCAGCCACAGCGGCAGCAGCAAAGGAGGAAGAGGACGAGGCCUCAGACAAAGGCAGCGAGUCAGACGAGGGCGAGGCCAACAAGGACUCUCCCAGCGAGAGAGAUGAAGACAGUGACAAACAAAGCGACACAGAGGUGGAUGAGAUGGCUGGCGAUGAUGAGGAGGAGUGGGAGGCAUUGCAGCAAAGCAUCCAGCGGCGAGAGCGGGCCCUGCUAGAGACCAAGUCAAAGGUGACGCACCCCGUCUACAGCCUCUACUUCCCUGAGGAGAAGCAGGAGUGGUGGUGGCUCUACAUCGCUGACCGCCGAGAUCAAACCCUUGUCUCCAUGCCCUACCACGUCUGCACGCUAAAAGACACAGAAGAGGUGGAGCUGAAAUUUCCAGCCCCCUCCAAAACAGGCAACUACCAAUAUUCUGUCAUCCUCCGCUCUGAUUCCUACCUGGGACUGGACCAGAUCAAACCACUCAAGCUGGAGGUCCACGAGGCCAAGGCCAUGCUGGACAACCACCCGCAGUGGGACAUCCCCGACACAGAGGAGGAGGACGAGGAGCAGGAGGACAGCGACGGCAUCGAGGAGAGUGAAGACGACGACGAGGACAACGACUGAAUGCCAACACACACACACACACACGCACACAUACACACACACACACGCUCACCGCCCCCCCCAUGGACAGGCCACCCACCCACUCCUGACCCCACAACAGCACUCAAGAGCAGCGAGCGAGGAGCGGCAAGGUUGCGCCUGCCACACACAUAAACACACACACAUACACACACACAAAGAAUCACCGGGGACAGUUUAUAUAUACAGAGCCCUGCUCCUCUUCCGCCAUUUUACCUUUACAAUGACAUGAACUGUGACCCCGCCCCUCCAUUUUCCCUUUUCUACAGAGACUUUCAUUUUUCCGUCGCUUGCGGAAGAGAAUUCUGUGAAUACUUACCCAGGCCCAUGUGUGUGUGUGCGUGUGUGCUUGCGUGUUAAGAAUGUGUGUGUUUGCACUCCAGUGUGAGUGCAUGACGUGUGUUUGUAACCUUGUAAGUCUUUGUACAGGUAUGAAAGAUUGACACACUGUGGCAGGAGGACCUA